AUGGACAUCGCCUGUUCCAAUGAAGGGAUCUGGUACAGCAAGGAAGAAGACAACUGGAAAAAGGAAGACUACGAGAGUCAGCUGAGCUGGCUCACGACCCUCAAGGGGCUUGAUCAGGUAUCAAAAUUUACACUCAAGCUCAAGGUGAAAGUCCUACACUCGUCGACAGUUAGUAAAUACAAAGCAGUGCUGCUUCCGCACAUCCAAGAGCUUGUGGAAAAGGGUUGCAAGGUAACCGUACGGUACAUCAGCGCGAACAUGUACCAAUACCCAACUGAGCGGGAAAAGAUCAUUUAUGACAGUACCAUGCUUCUCUCUACGCGUCAGCUGGAGAGCUUGGUCGCUGAAGCGUUUAAGGAUGGCAACUAA